UCAUUCAUGUGAUGUAAUUUGUUGGUUUUUUUUAAUGAAAGAAAAAUUAUUCAUUUUUUUUUCGUUGGAUUGAUAAGAUAUUGAUGUCUGAGUGUGUGUGUGUGUGUUUAUUUUGUUUUCAUCAUAAAAAAAGUAUUUGAUAAUUAGAAUAAAUUUUCAAUUUAAAUCCUGGUUCAAACACACCAACGAUCAACUAGGAUUUCAACCAUGAUAAUGGUGCUAACACCUCGUCAAAAGCAAGAAUUAGAAUAUGCAAUUGCCGAUUAUUUAGAAAAUAAUGGUUAUAAUGAUGCAUUCGAAGCAUUCAAAAAAGAUGCAAAUAUUCAAAAAGAUCCAGAUAAAGGACCAUCAGGAAUAUUGGAAAAGAAAUGGAUAUCUGUUGCAAGAUUAUCGAAAAAAGUUAAUGAAUUAGAAGAUAAAUGUCGUGAAUUAGAAAAAGAAUAUGUUAUUGGUGCACCAUUAAGAGAUAAACGUUCACCAACUGAAUGGAUACCACGGCCACCUGAACGUUGUACAAUGGAUGGUCAUACAGCACCAAUAACACGUGUAUUAUUUCAUCCAAUAUUUGUCUGUGUUGUAUCGGCAAGUGAAGAUGGUACAAUUAAAACCUGGGAUUAUGAAACCGGUACAUAUGAAAAAACAUUAAAAGGCCAUACAAAUGCCGUUCAAGAUUUGGCAUUUUCACCUAACGGUAAAUUACUUGCAUCAUGUUCAGCUGAUCUAAGUGUUAAAUUAUGGGAUUUUCAAAAUUAUAUCUGCAUUAAAACAUUAUAUGGACAUGAUCAUAAUGUAUCAUCCGUUACAUUCGUUCCAUCGGGUGAUUAUGUAUUAAGUUGUUCACGUGAUAAAACAAUUAAAAUGUGGGAAAUAUCAACCGGUUAUUGUGUAAGCACAUUUACUGGCCAUCGUGAAUGGGUUAAAAUGGUUCGUGUCAAUGCUGAUGGAUCAUUGAUGGCAACCUGUUCAAAAGAUCAUACAAUCAUUGUCUGGAAUUUGAUCAAUGCUAAUCAACAUAUGAACAGUGGUGGUGGAGGAGGUGGCAGUAAUAAUGAUAUUAAAGUUAUGUUACGUGAACAUGAUCAUACUGUUGAAUGUAUAUCAUGGGCACCGAAUACUGCCUAUAAAUCAAUAUCGGAAGCAUUCGAAGAGAAGAGAAAAGAAAUACAAGGCCCUUAUCUGGUUAGUGGUUCACGUGAUAAUACAUUAAAAUUGUGGGAUAUUGGUACUGGUGUAUGUCUAUUCACAUUUAUUGGCCAUGAUAGCUGGGUACGUGAUGUUUGUUGGCAUCCGGCCGGUAAAUUUUUCAUCUCAGCAUCAGAUGAUAAAACUAUUCGUGUUUGGGAUGUUGUCAAUAAAAGGCUGACUAAAACACUUGAAUCACAUAAACAUUUUUGUUCAUGCAUAGAUUUUCAUCAACGAGCACCAUAUGUUGUAAGCGGUAGUGUCGAUCUAACGGUUAAAAUUUGGGAAUGUCGUUAAAUUAUUAUUAUUAUUAUUAUUAUUAAUUAUUAUAUUGUGGUGACAUAUGAAUCAUAAUUAAUAAUAUGAAAAUGUUUGUUGGAAUCUUUCGUAAAAAAACCCCGGAACAAGAAGACAAAUAACGAAAACGUUAGACAAUUAUAUUAAUUAACACACACACACAAACACCUACACUUAUACUUCGUGAACAUAAAAAAACAAAACAAACAAACACUAAUGAAUCCCCUUGAUCCACCAUGAACAUCAAAUGCCUCUAUCACUCUUUCUUUGGUCAUCAAAUCCAUCCACAUACAUUAUCAUCAUCAUCAUCAUCAUCA